AGUGUCUCCUGUACCAGCAGAAGCUCCAGAACUCUCGCCCACUUGCCUGCCUCUGCUGUGUCUUUGCCCACUGAAUAGCCAUGAGAAGGCAACUCCGGUCCAGAAGGGCUCCAGCCUUUCCUUACGGCUAUCGCUACAGACUUGAUGAUCAGGAUGAAGUGAACCAGAACUACUUGGCAGAUGAAGAGGAGGAAGCAGAAGAAGAAGCUCGGGUGAUGGUGGUGCCUGAAUUGGACGAGGAGGAAGAGGAGGAGAAAGAAGAAGAAGAGAAGGAGGAAAAGGAGGAGGAAGAGGGUCAGGGGCAGCCAACAGGCAAUGCCUGGUGGCAGAAAUUGCAGAUCUUGAACGAAUACCUGUGGGAUCCGGAGAGAAGGAUGUCUCUGGCCCGAACAGGCCUGAUCUUAGUCAUUUACUUCUUCUUCUAUGCCUCCCUGGCUGCUGUGAUCACUCUCUGCAUGUACACACUAUUUCUGACCAUCAGUCCUUACAUGCCGACCUUCACUGAGCGGGUGAAGCCUCCUGGAGUUAUGAUCAGACCCUUCGCCCAUAGCCUUAACUUCAACUUCAACGUUUCUGAACCUGACACUUGGCAGCAUUAUGUGAUUAGCCUAAAUGGCUUUCUCCAGGGUUAUAAUGACAGUCUUCAAGAGGAAAUGAAUGUAGAUUGUCCCCCGGGGCAGUACUUCAUCCAAGAUGGCAACGAGGAUGAGGACAAGAAGGCCUGCCAAUUUAAGCGCUCCUUCCUGAAGAACUGCUCUGGUCUGGAGGACCCUACUUUUGGAUACUCUACUGGACAGCCCUGUAUUCUUCUAAAGAUGAACCGGAUUGUAGGCUUUCGUCCUGAGCUUGGAGAUCCUGUGAAGGUUUCCUGCAAAGUUCAGAGAGGUGAUGAAAACGACAUCCGAUCCAUCAAUUACUACCCAGAGUCGGCUUCUUUUGACCUCCGCUACUACCCUUACUACGGCAAACUGACUCACGUUAACUACACCUCCCCCCUGGUGGCAAUGCACUUUACAGACGUGGUGAAGAACCAAGCAGUGCCUGUGCAGUGCCAACUUAAGGGCAAAGGCAUCAUAAAUGAUGUCAUCAAUGAUCGUUUUGUGGGUAGGGUAAUCUUUACCCUGAACAUAGAAACGUAA